ACUAUCGCUUGUUAACGUUACUCCAGAUACUAACAGAUAUUAUGUCGUGUAGUGAAUUUGAACGAUGGUUAGAAUAUUAUAAAAUUAAAAAAAUAUAGACGAUCAGUGUUUAGAAACAAUGAAGUAUUAAACAACACUAAGGAUAGAAUUAACUCCGUGCCGGUUUUAUGCUAAGCAAAUUCGAUUAUUGAAGUUUUUAAGUAACAAAAAUUAUAUUUUUCUUGAAUUACAAUUCUUUUGUUCUUUAAAGACGAAAUACUGCCUUCAGAUAGAACUUUGAAAAGAUUUAUGUCGACAAGCGGAAAUAUUUCACAUUCGGUAGUGUUGAACGAAAAGAAGCGAGUCUUUACGGAACACUUGUGGCUAGAAUGACAAAACUACUUUAAGUCUAAUGUGUAGAACGCUCCACGUGUUUAUAGGAAAUUAAAGUAUUGACUAACCGACCGGCCACAGCGGGCUAUUGUUGGCAAAAUGUGUAACUUUGCUUGCGGAAUGGUGAGCUUGUUGGGGGGACUGGUGCUGGUGGCAGUCAGCUCGUUUGUAGCCUUCGGAGUAGUCCCGGGAAUCAUAGACGGUGUCAUAGAGAGUGAGGUGGUGCUCAUCAAUGAAACGGAACAGUUUGAUCGCUUCGAGGAGGUUCCCUUCCCGCUCACCUUCAACGUCCGACUGUUCAAUGUGAGCAAUGCUGACGUGGUACUCAACGGCGGAGUCCCCGUCGUCACCGAAGUCGGCCCGUAUGUUUACAAACUUACUCAGACACGUGAGAUCGAGGAAAUGGGUGAAGACAGCAUCACUUACCGCCGACGAGACCAGUUUGAGUUCGACCCUGAGGCUUCCUAUCCCCUGACUGAAGACGACCGGGUCACCAUCGCGAACGUAGCCUUCCACAGCAUACUUCAGAUGGCCGAGCGAUUGUUUCCAGGCCUGAUGUUUCUUCUGAAUAAUAUUUUGAGUGGUGUGUUUGGCGAGCACUCGGGUCCAUUAAUGACGGUGCGGGUGGGCGACCUGCUGUUCGAGGGUGUGAGCAUCUGUAAAGACCCCGGCCUCAUCGGACUCAUAGUCUGCAGCCAGAUCGCCAGUAUCGGCGCCAACGUGAGGAACUUGGAGGUUUUGGAUGACGGCUCCUUGCGGUUCGCUGUUCUCAAAUAUAAAAACGACACCGUUAGCGAAAAGUAUGUGGUGUCGAGAGGUCUGAAAGAUCCUAGACAGAUGGGCAUCAUCGCGUCUUACAACAACUCAGCCUUCCUGACCAACUGGGUGAACUGGAUGAACGACAGCGGUGACGUCACGCCCAGCACCUGCAACAUGGUCAACGGGACUGACUCGGGUGUAUUCCCUCCAUUCGUCGACAGAAGCUCGCCCGUGUUCGCCUUGAACACCGACAUCUGUAGGUCUGCGGAGCUGAGGUAUCAGUACGACAGCGAGUAUGAAGGCAUACCGGUGGCUAGGUUCUCGGCCAACGAAUGGUUCCUGGACAACGAGGCUGGCUGCUUCUGCCUCAACACGACUACCGGCAUCACAAAGGAGGACGGCUGUCUCAAGAAGGGAGCCAUGGAACUGUACAGCUGCGUCGGUGCGUUUUUGAUUCUCUCCUACCCACACUUCCUGUAUGCGGACUUCGCUUAUAGGAAUGGAGUCAUAGGAAUGAAGCCGUUUGAAGAUAAACACAGGAUCUUUGUUGAUUUGGAACCAAACACGGGAACUGUGAUCAGAGGGAUGAAGCGGGCUCAGUUCAACGUGUUUAUGCGUCCAGUAACGAGUAUAACCAGCACUCAGAAUCUACGUACCACGCUCAUGCCGAUAUUCUGGGUGGAGGAGGGUAUGGAGUUGCCUGAAGACUAUGUAGACAUGUUAACAACACGCAUGCUGAACCGACUGCGCCUUGUUGAUAUCCUGAUCCCGGUUCUGAUAACGGUGUGCGCCCUCGUCGCUGUGCUGGGCGUGGUCAUCCUGAUACGAGUCAGAUACGCGAAGAGGAACAUCGCGCCUAGUAAAUCAACCACUUCGAUCACCCCCACUACUUAUACGAUUGACAAUUAGUUUAAGAUUAUUUGAGGACUUUUAACUGAUUUAUGUUACAAGCACAAGUACUGAUUGCCUGUAACUGUUUGUUGUUGGGUUACACAUAGCACAUGUUUUUAAAACUCGUUAUUGUUUUUAUUAAAAAAUAAAGUACGUA